AUGUGGGCCCCUCCCCUGGCGUUUGGGACGGCCGUACGGAGAGCUGCUGACGUCAGCAAGAAGAAGAAGAGCGGCGGAAGAGGAAGGAGCGAUCACGACAUCAGCAUGUGGCUCCACCCAUCCGGAAUCUUGUUACACAGACUCACGAGAACUCUGUACCUGUCCUGUGUGCCCAGUAUGGCGAGGAGAACUCUGUACCUGUCCUGUGUGCCCAGUAUGGCGAGGUACCCGUUGGAUCAACAAGAAUGCAACUUCAAACUACAUGGAUAUAGUGGGUUGUAUUUCCCUCUUCACCGUCCAAAGAACGCCAGAUCUCCCGGACCUGUGACAACAGACAUGACGGCCGUUGUGUCCCAGUUCGAACUAACAGGGCUGAGCGUCUAUUCUUCAGUACAGCAAAUAGACAACACUGAGGCUGCAUGUCAUCUGCUCACAGGCAAGUGCGCAUACAACGCCGAAUACUGUACCGACAUGCGCGGGUGUAGCCAUGGCAACGAGUGUGCCGUGUGCAAAACCUACUUUGGCAGCUGCCAGUACGAAUCCAACGACUGCAGAAAGUCCAACACAUCAGGCCUGACUCAGGUCUCUACCCUGGAGGUCCGUCUGCAGUUUUCCCGCCGUUUGCAGAGUCACGUGCUCGUGACGUUCCUUCCCACUACGUCAGUGGUGAUGACGUCAUGGCUCGGCUUCUGGCUGCACCCGCAGGAGGUCAACGGGAGGGUCUCGCUGGGGAUCAGCACGCUCCUGUCUCUGAUCAUCAAGAGCAGCUAUGGUGCAAACCCCCAGACGCACCUGGUGCGAGCCUAUGACGUGUGGAUGAGCGGGUGUCUGGCCAUGGUGAUGCUCGCCCUGCUGGAGACUGUCCUGGCUAACUUCAUCCUCUCAGAAGGAAAGAUGCUUUGCUAG